GAGGAAUUCUAACUGGGUGGGUAAUUGGGGGAGGUCGCCUCUUGAGGUGGGACAUUGGCCAAUAGGUAUAGUAGGGCUGGUCACAGGCUCAUUACAGACACUCAGAGAGUCACACCUAGAGACAGAGCCCCCCUCAGGUGAUAAGGGAGACCGCUUUGCCCCUAUGAUCCCUUCUAUCCACCCUGCUAUACACUGGGGAGCCUGAGCAGCUCUUACCCCCAAACAUGCUCCCCAGCCCCGCCACCUCUACCCCCUUCUCAGUUAAGGACAUCCUGAGGCUGGAGCACGUCCAACACAGCGCUGGGCAAGUGGAGAUCGCCCCUGUACGAACCCACCCUGGCACCGACCCCCCACAUAUCUUACCUGGAAGGAACGAACUCACAGAGAGGGACAGGGAGUCCCCGGGAGUUUCCUGUGAAUCCCCCCAAAUUGAAGAUCCGGAUUUCUCCCAGGAGCAAAGUGGCUAUUUUGGGGGCACAGUGAGAGGGGGCCCCCCAGAGCGGCUUCAGCACAGGCAGAGGAGGAAGCCCAGAGUGCUCUUCUCCCAGAUGCAGGUGUUUGAAUUGGAGCGAAGGUUCAAGCAGCAGCGGUACCUGUCCGCCCCUGAGAGGGAGCAGCUGGCACUGGCCUUGAAGCUCACAUCCACCCAGGUGAAGAUCUGGUUCCAGAACAGAAGAUACAAGUGCAAGAGACAGAAACAGGACAGGUCCCUGGAGCUUGCAGGGCACCCAAUCCCUCCACGCAGGGUGGCAGUGCCAGUGCUGGUUAGGGAUGGCAAACCUUGCCUCGGGCCCACUCAGACAUUUGCUUCUCCUUAUAAUAUCUCUGCCAAUCCUUACACUUACCCAGUCUGCUAUGGCAAUUACACCAACAGUCCUUAUUACUCAGGUGCACCCAGUGUGUCCACCAUGGGAAGUCCUGCCCAGUUGAUCAGUAUGAACACCACAUCUGUGCCAAGCAGUGCCCAGCAGGGACAGUUACAGGCCACACUGCAAGGGAUCAGGGCCUGGUGAGGAGGGGAACAAUGGCUUUGGGUUCUGCAUCUCCAGGGUACCACACCCAGAUCUGCCCAAUGGUGGACUUGCUUAUUCUCUCAAGAGGCAUCACUCACAUUUGCAAGAUGGCACCCACCGUGCUAUGGCUUGGCAUUAAUUAUUAAUAUGCAGCAGGAUAGACUUCUUUACAACUGCUCAGUUGAGCUUUGCCAAGUGUGUACUGAUUGAUUUAAAAACAAAAAUGUUUCAGAGGCUUCUGGGAUAUACAGCCAAUCAAUCCUUUUAUAAAUAAUAUGAUUUCCAGCAUGGGGCCUAUUCUCCACAACUGCAAAGUAUUUCCUCCAAUUUGGGACUGUCUACAAAUACAUUAACCGUACCCACACCCUGGGCUGGACGUCUGAUGAGGAUGAAUGAUAGCAACUGCUCUGUUCCGUGCUUGGAUGUGACUCUUCGUAUUUCUUUCCCAUAAUUCAGCGUUAGUGUAAAAUAUAUAUACUAACAAUGUAUGAAAAUAUCUAUUUGCUAAUAAAAUGUAUUUACAGUGUGUACAGUACCAUACAAUAAAAAGUUAACAGAAAUGGGAAAAAAAAACACAAUUAUCAUAUUGACUUGGUGCCUGUGGGGCUGCGUAGCAUCUGUCUGUGUAUAUGGCACAGAA